GCGCGCAACAGUGUUCAAAAGCUCUGCGCGACGACCACAACCCGCAGCGUUGUACGCGCCCGGUCGAGUUGCCCAUAAAUUUCCUCGUUGGAAAUUUCGUUUACGGAUUUUCGCUAAGGAAUUUUUGUCUUUUUCUUCUUUCUAUAAGCCCGUAAAUAUCCGUUGAUAUAAAAUUGUACAUAGCAUAUCAUAUUGUGUUUUCUUCUGUAAUCGUGUCGUUGCUUGUCUCUGUAAUAUUAUUUCGUGCGCGCUCAAAUACCCGUCAACCUACUGCAUGUCAUUUAUCGUCCCACAUCAAGGACAGAAUAUAUCACAGAGUACGUGAUCCACCAUCACGUGCACGCCAUGUUCUUCUUUUGAAUCGUACAAAAUAAAUGAAUAAAUAAAAACUCUUAAUUAACCUACAAUAAACAGCGUUUGACCGGAAAAUUUACCGAAACCGAUCGAUUGUUCUACAGGAAAUAACGAAAUCCGCGAUGACAGCUGCCCAACAACAGGGACUGGAUACGACUAUCGCCAUAUCGUCGGAAGACCAUGAAGACAACGAGCCGUCUAGUUCGAGAGAUCUAUCAUGUAUUCAAGAUUCAUUACCAGGAAUAGCACACAGAGUAUUUAGAAAAACUGCCCAAAACAACAAGCUGUGUUUAUAUUUGGGUAACAGAGAUGUCGUAGUGUCCAACAAUUCAUCCACAAAAAUACACGGAAUCGUAUUAGUGGAACCAGAUUUAUUAAGGGAUACAAAAAAAAAGGUAUUUGGGCAAAUAACACUAACUUUCCGAUAUGGAAGAGAAGACGAGGAAGUAAUGGGAUUGAAAUUCUGUAACGAAGCCAUCAUGUGUUUAGCACAAAUUUAUCCACCUCACGAAAAUGCACAACGUGAACAAAAUACACCAUUACAGGAAAUGCUAAUACAAAGACUGGGAAGCAAUGCUCAUGCGUUUUCAAUGGAAAUAACUCAUUUAGCUCCACCUAGCGUCCAAUUAGUUCCUGCCAAAGAAUACAACGGCGCUCCAAUAGGAACUAGUUACGACAUACGAGUAUACAUAGCCGAAAGGGCAGACGAGAAGCUACAGCGCAAAAAUAUCGUAAAAAUGGGUAUCAAAGUAGUUCAAAUGGCUUCAGCGCCACCUCCGCCCACACCUACGCCCAGAUCAGAACAGCCAAAAGGUUGGCGUCAAAGAGGACCGCAAGCUACUUCAGAGAAACCGUUUUUACUUAGCGACGGUAAAGUUACCUUAGAAGCGAACCUAGACAAAGCUAUUUAUACACACGGUGAUCCAAUUCACGUAAAUAUCAGCGUGAAAAACACAAGUAAAAAAGCUGUCAGAAGAAUAAAGGUGUUCAUCGUACAGCAUGUCGACGUGUGCAUGUUCAGCAAUGGUAAAUUCAAGAACACAGUGGCAUCGGAUGAAUGUACAGAUGUACCAAUACCUGGCAAUGGUGGUUCACUCGAAAAAGAAUAUCUGUUGCAUCCUAUCAAAGCGAGAACUAAAAAUUGGAUAGCAUUAGAAGAUUCGCUGGGGUCUACUGUAAAUAAGUCGGAAGGCACGUUGUCCAGUACGGUGGUAUGUGUAUCACCUGAGGAUAGAAACGUGUUCGCCAUUUACGUCACGUAUUACGUAAAAGUUAAGCUUUUAAUAGGCGCCAUGGGUGGUCAGAUGUCACUCAAAUUACCGUUUACGUUGAUGCACACUCCGUCAAACACUUACCCGGCAGAAUGCAAGGAUGCUUCAUGUGCUUCAUUGGGACCCUGUCUAAUGGUGGACAGUAAAGAAGCAGCCAUUACAUCGGAAGAACACUGCACCAAUAACUUAGCGCUCUGAGGAUUAAUCCAAUCGGCCGAUAAUCGAGAAAUUCGUUCGACACCUACAACAGCCACGGCCGAUCAAAAUGCCGAAGAUCAUCACGAAGACAACCGAUUUAAAUUUAAAAGGAUACUAUGUUGUUUUAAUAACAACAGAUAGUGUUAGGGGGACCAACUAAAAAAAAAUCGUAUUGUUAUUUUUGUCAAACAUUUUUAUAUUAAAUAAAAUAGAUUGUACAAUGUA